CCAAUUUCGACCAGUAGAGUAUUUAAAGUAUGUUCAGGACAACCUAACUUGUGAACAAGGUUAGAAUCAACAUUGUUAAAAAAGUCUAAGAUUAGUGAUUUGAAGAAAUCAAAAAUUAAAAAAUGCCGUAUAAAAUAUUUAAUUAACGACAGUAAAGUGUUGUUUCUUAUAUUACACAUAUCAGAAAAUAAUAAAGUAAGGGAAGAAAUGUGUUUUUCCAAAAAUCCUUAUUUACUUUUCAACAUUAUAAAUAGAAGAUUAACUAUUAAUAUUCGACGUUUACGGUAACUUUAUCAGAAUAAUGAGAAAUGCGUUCCAAGGGUUUGCUGCUAUUUCUUAUUUGUUUAGUAGGAAGCACUGUUUUAUUUAUUGCAGUUAGUUUUCAACGUCCUUCCAUCCAAAAUUUGGUCACCGAAACUCAUAAACAGUUGAAAAACUUUCAGGAAAACUUGAAAGACGUUGAAGAAAAACGAUUUGUAACCGAUUCAAAAUUUUUGGCAUUGCUCGGGCUUGACAGACAACAAUUCACAACAAUAAGCUUACCGAAUUCACAAAAUGUAACUAUUGUCACAUUAAUUAGACCAGGAAUGGAAUUGAAUAUAUAUGGAUUUAUCAAAAAUGUCAGUCAUUUUUUGCCAACUAAUAAUAUUGUUGUAUAUGCAGUGUCUUUGAAUGAAGACGCGUUAUUUAAUUUACGAGCUAGUUGUAAUUCUACUAAAUGUAAUGUGAUUCAAUUUGAUUUAAAUGAUUUUCCUAAUCAUGCCGAAGAUGAUAGAUUACACGUCUAUCGGCCUCUAGUCAUUCAGGCAGCAUUAAAUACUUUAGGUAAUAUAUUAUAUAUGGACUCUAACGUACGAUUAAAUAAUACUGAUAUUUCAAAAUAUCUUUUACCAAAAUAUGGAGUAUUAACGUGGCAAACUAAGCAUGCAAUUAGUACUUUAACUCAUCCUAAAAUGUAUGAAUACUUUCGAGCUUCAGCUGAAAGUUUUUUCUUUCUUCCAUUAAUUCGAGCAUCGCACAUUAUAAUAAAAAAUACAAGAGAAAUAAAAGAAAAUAUUAUGUUACCUUGGGUUCAAUGUGCAUUGACAAGAGAUUGUAUUUGUCCAAUAGGUGCUCAAUCUGUAGGAUGUCGGUUCAAUAAGAAACCUCAAUAUCGCUACUCUGGCUGUCAUUCUUAUGAUACAUCUGCAUUGAAUAUUGUCCUAGGACUUUACUUCAAUUUUGAUGAAUCAAAGUACAUUAUUCAGGAACGUGAAUCGUAUUUCACAAAGAUUCAAUCCGAAGAAAUUACCGAAGAGUAUCUAUCAACUACAAGACAGAAUAAUGCCACUGAAUCAAAUACUAAAAACAUGAUAUUAGUAGAACGAUAAAUUCCAUAAGUUUAAGAUUUAUUUAAUAAUGUUUUGAAACCAAGGAUAAUUACUAUUAGUAAAAUUUAACUAUAAAUAAAAUCUUUGAUAGUAAUAAUUCAACUUCAGUGUCUGAUUCUGUUUUUUGAUACCUAUUGAGUGAUGGGUCUUUGAAAAAAAAGUUUU